UUCUUUAAUUUCUUAAAAACAUUAGUCUUUUUGCUUUCUUGGAAUGUGACUUUGUUCUGGUUUAAGAUUUUAGUGGUUUGGUUUUCUUGUACUUUCUUUCCGGUUUCUUUUCCUUCAUCUUUGUAUUUUUUUGUCUGUAUAGAGUCCUCCGCCUGAGAAUUCUGUAUUUAUAGAAGGAUCCCCAUCUGGGUUUUCAUUGUCAGCUGGUGAUUCUUCAAUUUUCUUCAUUUCAGUUGAUGAAUUGUUAUUUGGUUGAAAGCUGAAAGAUGGGCAGUGUGGAACAAUUUUGUGAAGAUACAAAUAUGACAGCUGAAACAAUGGAGAAGUGUAAAGUGAGCUGUUCAAAGGAAGGGAAUGGGAAGAGAUUGUGGAAAAAGGUGAAGUAUCAGCUGGUAGAGUACCACUCAUUGCCUGGAUAUUUGAGGGACAACGAGUAUAUUGUGGGCCAUUAUAGAUCAGAAUGGCCAAUGAAACAGGUUUUGUUUAGCAUCUUCACAAUUCACAAUGAGACCUUAAAUGUUUGGACGCAUUUGAUCGGGUUCUUUAUUUUCCUUUCCCUUACCAUAUACACUGCAACGAAGGUUCCAAAGGUUGUUGAUCUUCACUCUCUGCACCAUAUUCCUGAUGUAUUGAGAAAGGCUGAUUUACACAAAUUGCAUUCAGAACUCAUUACAUGCCUGCCUUCCUUACCAAAUAUACCUGAUUUGCACAAACUUCGGGAGGAGUUAAAGACUACUUUCCCUUCAAUGGAUUUGCUUCCAUCAUUCUCAGGUUGGCAUGUUGUGGAACUUCUGUAUAAUUGUUUGCCUGAGCGUUUCUCGUCUGGGAAUCACACCGAUGUUUGUGUUCUGCAAAGUGUGAAGGAAGAUGUGGCAAACAUAAUAGCACCCCUGAUGGUGAGACCGAUAACACGAUGGCCUUUUUUCGCCUUCUUGGGUGGUGCAAUGUUCUGCUUGCUAGCUAGCAGCACAUGCCACCUUCUGUCUUGCCACUCUGAGCGCCUAUCAUAUAUCAUGCUCAGGCUAGACUAUGCUGGGAUUGCUGCUCUUAUAUCUACUUCCUUCUAUCCUCCUGUGUAUUACUCUUUCAUGUGUGAUCCAUUCUUCUUUAACCUCUAUAUGGGAUUUAUAACCAUCUUGGGAGUUGCAACAAUCUUGUUUUCCUUAUUGCCAGUAUUUCAGAAUCCUGAGUUUCGUAGCAUUCGUGCAUCCCUUUUCUUUGGCAUGGGCGUCUCUGGGAUAGCACCCAUUCUUCACAAGCUUAUCUUGUUCUGGCACCAUCCCGAGGCACUUCACACAACCGGGUAUGAGGUUCUGAUGGGGCUUUUGUAUGGUAUUGGAGCUUUGGUCUAUGCGACAAGGAUACCAGAGCGGUGGAUGCCCGGAAAAUUUGACAUUGCCGGGCACAGCCACCAACUUUUUCACAUCUUGGUUGUUGCUGGGGCAUACACUCAUUAUCGCGCAGGACUCGUAUACCUCAAAUGGCGGGAUCUAAAUGGAUGUUAAAGAAGUGAUAUUGGACAAUAAUCGAUUAAUGGAAGGAGUAUUCCUCUGUAAGAUUUUUAUUUUUUAUUUGUUUUUUCUAGUUAGACGCAAGUAGGUGCAUUAUAUCCAAUGUGGUUGGAAUAUGUUCAACCCAUCGUCACAAUGCAAACAGUUGAAAGUUUCUUGCACAGCAAACAGCUGUCUCAAAGUCAAGAACCAUCCUGUUUCAAGGUUGAUUUAUUAUAAAAAUGCAAAUAGCUGUAAGUUUCUUGCACAGCAACUAUAAGACCUUAAGUUGUAUGUUACUGGAGACGAGUUUCGAUCCUGUUUCUUAGUUUCAAAACUUGAUGUCUGAGACAUGCUAAAUUCCCUUACAUUAAUGUACAGCCUGUACAUUCAUAAUUGGGGUGACAGCAUUUGCAUUGAAAUAUUCCAACGCUGUGAUGAGAGGAUGUACAUUUUCUUCAUGCACGGACAGCAUGGCAAACAAAAUGAAGUACAAGAACAGAAGGCUAAACGGGUGCUCCAACCAACUGAGCUACGAAAGCUAGGCUUUAGAGUACAAAAUCUUUAAAAACUUGGAACCUAGACUCCAUAUACGG